CCAUGGAUUGGGAGCUAAAUCCGCAUGGACAGAUUCACAAGGAAAGGUACGAUAUCUCUUCAUUCUCUCAGUGGUAAUCAAGCAAAGGCAAAGACCCCAACUCCACUGCUCCCCUCCCUCCCAAAAUCUGUGUCGAUUCUCAGAGACCAACUCCCGUUUGUGUUCUUCCAUUUCGGAGAUUGGUUGAUGAUCCGAUGAUGCCCGGUCGGUAGCUCUUUCGUCGGAAUCAAUUAGGGUUUUGCUGAAGAACAUGCCGCCGUCGAUUCUUCCCGACAACGCCACCUCUUCCGUUCCGCUGCCUGCCCCUUCACUUCCCGAGGUCCAGGACUCCGGUUCGUCCUCCGUCUGCCACGGGUUCUUCUACGACGCGUUCCUGGUGGUGCCCUCUGUUCUGUUCGUCCUGUUCUUGGCCUUCCACGCGAGGAAGAACCUCAAGAAGCUUUGCAAUGGGAGGUCUUACGUGAUGAUCUCGUAUUACGCCAUUCUCUGGGUUGUCAGUCUGCUCAACCUCGCCUGGUGCUUGUUCCAGGCAAUGCAGUGUUCCCCUAGUAGGGAGACCGCUUGGAAUCUCCUGUCGUUGUUCACUACAUCUGGACUUUUAUAUUUGGAGAUAAGCUUGGUAGCCUUUAUACUGCAAGGGAAUUACAUCAAUGGAUUAGAAGCUUUAUCCCGAACUUUUCUUGUCACAGGGAUGAUCGUUGGCACUGAUGUGCUUCUUAAGGCUAUAUAUGUCUUCGGGUUUGGGACACCGUUGUUCACUGAUGUCGGAACCACUCAUCGUGUGAAGUGGUCCUUGUGGAGCAUCCACAAAGUAGUGUUGACUGCAGUCUAUGCCUUCAUACUGUUUGUGCGGUUCUCAAAAUGGAGAGAAGAAUUGCCUCCUAGACCGGCAUUCUACAAGUAUAUUACUGUGAUGUUUAUCGUCAAUUUGGUGGCACUUCUGGCUUGUUUAUUUGCUGGGUUUGGAGCAAGUUUUGGCGUCUUGUUGUACAAUAUCAUAAUCAUCUGCUAUCACUCUCUCUACCUUCCAUUUCUUUAUGUGACUUUUCUCGCAGAUUUCUUCAAGGAGGAAGAUUUUCUUCGCGAUAAUGAAUACUAUUCCGAGAUGAGAGAUGCUGGGUUCUUCGAUGCAGACUGGGAUUAGUUCGACUUUAAGCUGUUGUUCACUGUACAUACUUUCAAAAUGCCCAACGUCGUCAGCUUGAGAUGUAAUAAUUGUAAAUUCAACUGUAACAUACAAAUGUUAGAGAAGAGUAUAAAAUGCCUCGGUUUCAUUGCUCAUGUUGGGACAUUCUUUUGGACCGUAUAAUUGAAUCAAAUUGCAAGCUGUUGCA